GGACCCGCCCCUUCCGUUCUCCAUCAGUUUCACUCCCUGCCUUUUUCGUACGGUCCGCCGCUGCCAUGGCAACGUCCCCUCAGAAAUCGCCCUCCACCCCAAAAUCCCCGACCCCCAAGUCGCCCCCUUCUCGGAAAAAGGAUGACUCCUUCCUGGGGAAGCUCGGGGGGACCCUGGCCCGGAGGAAGAAGGCCAAAGAAGUCUCUGAGCUGCAGGAGGAAGGAAUAAAUGCCAUCAAUUUACCCCUCAACCCAAUACCCUUCGAACUGGACCCGGAGGACACCAUGCUGGAGGAGAAUGAAGUCCGGACGAUGAUUGAGCCGUACUCGAGAAGCGACCCCAGACUGCAGGAGCUGAUGAAGGUCCUGAUUGACUGGAUUAACGAUGUGCUGGUGGGAGAGCGAAUCAUCGUGAAGGACCUCGCCGAGGAUCUGUACGACGGGCAGGUGCUGCAGAAACUUUUCGAAAAGCUGGAAGGCGAGAAGCUCAACGUCGCAGAAGUGACGCAGUCAGAAAUCGCGCAGAAACAAAAACUCCAGACGGUGCUGGAAAAGAUCAACGAGACGCUGAAACUGCCCCCCAGGAACAUCAAGUGGAACGUGGACUCUGUUCACGCCAAGUCCAUCGUGGCCAUCCUCCAUCUCCUGGUCGCCUUGUCCCAGUACUUCAGGGCUCCGAUUCGGCUCCCGGACCACGUCUCCAUCCAAGUGGUUGUUGUGCAGAAGCUGGACGGGAUGCUGCAGUCGCGGCAGAUCCAGGAGGAGAUCACAGGAGACACAGAAGCCUUAUCAGGAAGACACGAGCGUGAUGCGUUUGACACCCUCUUUGACCACGCUCCAGACAAACUCAACGUAGUGAAAAAGACGCUCAUCACAUUUGUUAACAAACACCUAAAUAAGCUGAACCUGGAGGUGACGGAGCUGGAGACCCAGUUCGCGGAUGGGGUGUACCUCGUGCUGCUGAUGGGGCUCCUGGAGGGCUAUUUUGUGCCGCUGUACAGCUUCUUCUUGACUCCAGACAGUUUUGAACAAAAGGUCAUCAACGUCUCGUUCUCGUUUGAGCUGAUGCAGGACGGGGGGUUGGAGAAGCCGAAACCUCGUCCGGAAGAUAUUGUGAACUGUGAUCUGAAGUCCACGCUGAGGGUCCUCUACAAUCUAUUUACCAAAUACCGGAGCGUGGACUAGGGGGGCCAUGCAGGGCCGACGUUCCACGAAACACAAUUCCAUCCUUACUGCGGACAUGAAGGGAACAUUUAAAUGUCUAAAUUCCUCCAUAUUUAAGUAUUUAUCCUGAGCUAAAACAUGUAACUCCUACUUAGUUUAUGUAACAUUGAGCACUUAACAGAAUCCCGAGGUUUUAUGAGCAGUCGGUUUGGGGCUAAAUGUUGAGAUUUGUUUCAUUGGAAU